UCUUCUAAUGCAGACAGUCUCCUAGUUCGCUCUCAAUUUCCAAAAUCUCUUUCUCUCUCCUCCUCCUCCUCCCUCGCCGUUGAAUUAGGUCUCCAGUUAGGGUUUUGUGCUUCGAUCGCGCUCUCUCUCGCGGUGGAUUCCGGUCGAUCGCCUAACAGAUCGGCCCGGAAUACGAAGGAGGAGAGGGAGACGGAGAGGCAGUUCCAUCGAUUGAUCCGUCCGAGGAGAGGAGGAAGGGAAUAGAAGAACGGCGAUGGGGCGCGAGGGCUCGUCGGGAACCGGUAUGUCUGAGGGGGUGUUGAAGAAAAUUCUGCUUUCCUAUUUCUAUGUGGGAAUCUGGAUUUUCCUCAGCUUCGCGGUGAUCGUGUACAACAAAUACAUCCUUGAUCCUAAGAUGUACAAUUGGCCCUUUCCCAUUUCACUUACCAUUAUACACAUGUCUUUCUGCUCCUUCAUUGCCUUCGUUCUCGUCCGCGUUUUCCGAGUUGUCGAAUUGCCUACCUCCCCGGCCAUGACCCGCGAGCUGUACGUUUCCAGCAUUGUACCCAUCGGAGCUCUAUACGCCUUAUCUCUCUGGUUUUCCAAUUCUGCAUACAUCUAUCUCUCCGUCUCCUUCAUCCAGAUGCUAAAAGCUCUCAUGCCCGUAGCCGUCUAUUCUAUUUCCAUUCUAUUCAACAAGGAGUCUUUCCGCAGCUCCACAAUGACCAACAUGCUUUCUAUUUCCUUGGGUGUCGCUAUCGCUGCUUAUGGCGAGGCCAGAUUCAAUGCCUUGGGUGUCAUGCUCCAGCUUGGCGCAGUUGCCUUUGAGGCCACCCGCCUCGUCCUCAUCCAGGUUCUCCUCAGCUCCAAGGGCAUUACCCUCAAUCCUAUCACCACCCUUUACUACGUUUCCCCCUGCUGCCUCGUCUUCCUCAUCCUUCCUUGGACCAUUGUAGAACUCCCCACUCUACGCGACACCUCCUCUUUCCACUUCGAUUUCCCCAUCUUCGGCACGAACUCCAUCUGCGCAUUCGCCCUUAAUCUUGCUGUCUUCCUCCUCGUCGGCAAGACUUCCGCACUCACUAUGAAUGUUGCUGGUGUCGUCAAGGACUGGCUGCUUAUCGCCUUCUCCUGGUCCGUUAUCCGCGACACUGUCACUGUUAUCAAUCUUUUUGGUUAUGGCAUAGCUUUCCUUGGGGUGGCGUACUACAAUCAUAUCAAGCUUCAGAGUCUCAAGGCCAAGGAGGCCCAGAAAAAGACAGCGCCCGACGAUGAGGAUGCCCAUAAACUUAUUGAGGAGAGGGAAGGCGAUGUGAUGGGCCGGAAGAACGAUCUCCAGGUCUGAAGGUCGUGAUCGCACUGACUACUAUGCUGAUCUGAUGUUGAGGCUCCAUCCAGUGGUUUGGUUUUUGCCCUCUUCUAUCUGAACAAUGUCUUUUAUCAUCAUUUGAGUUGAUUAGUUAGCUGUGCAGAAGAGAAAGGGAAUCCAAUAGAUGAUCGUUAGAGUAACGACCUUUUUAUUUUGAAGGUUUCACCAUCUUCGAAGAUUUAUCUUUUUAAGCAUUUACAUCGGUGGUAUUUUCUUGUUACUGCGGCUUUUUCGUUCUAUGUUGGUCUUGCGUGACCUGCCCAAUCAUUCUUCUUGUGAGGAGAGCGUAGUUAUUUCUGAGGUAGCGGUAGCUGGUUGUUCUCUUACCAUGGGAAUGACGGCAUUAUUGUCAUCUCAAGUCAUGCUGAUUGCUUGUAUUUCCGUACUCUGUUAUUUUUUACGUUCUUUUUUAUCUUGAAUAAUCUGUUUUCCA